AACAAAUUUAAGUCGGGAUCGAGAUCCGCAUUAUUUGUAAACAAUGUGAUAAGAUACACAAAAUUUGACAAAAUCACAAAUCCAAAUGGACGCAAUAUUUCACGAAGAACAAGAGGGAUCACUUUGUGCUCAGCAUUGCUUGAAUGCAUUAUUACAAGGACAGUACUUCAGUGCAGUAGAUUUGGCCGACAUUGCUCGUCAGCUGGAUGAAUCAGAACGGUUAAGGAUGGCAGAAGCAGGGACACAGAGUAUAGAGUAUCAGAGGUUUAUACGGCAAGGUUCCAGUAACUUUGAUGACAGUGGCUUCUUCUCCAUACAAGUAAUAGACAAAGCCAUACAAGUAUGGGGCUUAAACCUAGUGCAAUUUAACUCCCAAGACCCUAUUGCUAGGGAAGCAAGACAGAAUCCAGUAGAUAAGAAUGCUUAUAUAUGCAAUUUCCGAGACCACUGGUUUUGUAUCAGGAAGAUUGGAAAGCAGUGGUUUAACCUAAAUUCCCUCCUUACGGGUCCUGAACUCAUAUCUGAUACCUAUCUCUCCUUGUUUCUCACACAGUUGCAACAAGAAGGUUACUCCAUAUUCAUCGUAACUGGCCGACUGCCAGAGUGUGAAGCUGACGACCUCCUGAACCUUGCCCCUGCAGUACAGCUGAUCAAACCGAGGCUGAUCAACGAGAAUCAGUCGAUCAGUAAGUCGGAGGCACAGACAGACGACCCCGAGCUACAGCGGGCGCUGAUGGAGAGUCGAUGUGAGAACGAGAAGGAUGAUAAAAUGUUACAGAGGGCAUUACAGAUGAGCUUAGAGGGAUAUGUGAUAGAAGAUGACAACCCCCCGCCAGGACCAAGUCAAGAUAAGGUUCAGGCCCCUUCCAAAGAGGUCAAAGCUCCCACACAGGAGGAGUUGAGACAGAAAAGACUAGCUUUCUUACAGCGGCUGGACCAGACAGCCAAAGGCACUGAGGAAGAAGAGAGGACCACAGAGCCUACUGACCCUAAAUCAACUGCAACAGAGGGAGUCAGCCAGCCAGAGGGAGUCAGCCAGCCAGAGGAAAGCCAGGGUUCUCCACAGGAGGAGCAAAUGGAGAAAGAAUCAAAAGAAGAAGACAUCCCAGAGGAUGAAAUGUUAAAACAAGCAAUUGCAAUGUCCAUGGAGGGUCAGGGAUAACAACACACCCCUAACAACGUUACCUGAAGAAAUCCAAGGAAGGGUGGAACUGGCUGUUCAAAUUCAUCAUCGGUCGGCAGAAACUUCAUCUACUGACUAUGCUAACGGUGCCAUAUCCCCGCAGCCUUUACCAAUAGAUCUUUUGUGCAUUUACUUAACUAGUGCAUGGUACAUGCGUAUCGGUACUCAUAUUAGUUUACCCCUGUGAUAUCAUUCUGAUAUACUCACUGUUGGUACGGCCCAGUUUUUCUUUCACCACUGAUGGGCAGUAUAUACCUAUACUUGAAGAAUGGCUGCAGUCGUCAGGAUCUAACUGCUCCUAUAGUGGAUGCUGGCUGUUUGUGGCUUGUAAUUUUUCUGUUUGGUGCUGUAGUACAAAUGAUGCAAACGCUUUUUUCCAGUUAUAAAUUGGAUGUAAUCUGAUGAUUUUUACAAAAAAUAGUGCAUAUUUCUGAAUAGUGGAUAGUUUUGUUCAAGUCUAAAGUUUAGUCAAAAGUUGUCAAUUUUUUUUAUAGCAUUAUAUAUACAUGUAUAUGUACCAAUACUUAAUCAUCUUUCUACAGUAUAUAUAUGAAUUGUGUGUAUUGAAAUAUUUGCAAUGAAUUUACAUCUAUGGAUUGAUAUUAUUUUUUAUUGCAAAGCAUGAACAUUGUGAACAAAUAAAAUGUUUUUGUAUCUAGAUACUAGUAAAAUGUAUUUGAUACUUUUCUUUCAAUGUUGUUGGGGUUUUUUUUAGUCUCUUUUUUUUGGGUGGGGGGGGGGGGGGGGUAUUAAAAACCUAAAAGUUUCACAGUUGUGUUUAUUUACUGAAAAUAUGUCAUAUGUAUAAAAUCAUGAAUAUACAAUAAGGAUGUAUGACAAUUUAUUUUGAUUUUAAACUGGGAAGGUUUAACAAUGUAGUAUUACAUACAUAUGUUGAAUCAUGGAAAUUAAUGAGUUUGAAGUAAAUGGGACAAUGAGAAAAAUUGUAUUGAUUAUUAAACUAUAUUGGUAUUUCUUUAGAAAAUCAUGGUUAAAAAUUUACUUGUGCAAUUGAAAAAUGUUUUUCCUUACAAUUUAAAGUAAAAUGACACUUUGCAUUGAAUCAGUAUUCACUAUUUAUGGUUGUGCUAAUAAAAAUGUCUUCUCAAAGACAUCAAAUACGUUUU